AUGGCCUCAAAAUCAGAGGAGGAUUACUGCUGUCCUGUGUGCUGUGAUAUCUACACGGAUCCUGUCAUGACAUCAUGCAGUCACAGUGUGUGUAAGGCCUGUCUGCAGCAGUUCUGGGACACCAAAGGAGCCAGAGAAUGUCCGGUUUGCAGGAGAAAACUUUCAAAGGAGGCACCCCCUAACUUUGCUUUGAGAAAUCUGUGUGAGACGUUCCUAAAGGAGAAGAGUCAGAGAGCUUCAGCAGGGUCUGAGGUGCUCUGCAGUCUGCACAGUGAGAAACUCAAGCUCUUCUGUCUGGAGGAUAAACAGCCUGUGUGUCUGGUGUGUCGAGACUCCAAAAAACACACUGGUCACAAGUUCCACCCAAUAGAUGAAGCAGCACUUGAUCGCAAGGAGGAGCUGAAGACUGCACUGCAGCCACUACAGAAGAAGCUGAAAUCACUUGAAGAGGUGAAGCUCAUCUGGGAUGAAACGGCUCAACACAUCAAGACUCAGGUUCUCAAGACAGAGACACAGAUCAAGCAGGAGUUUGAGAAGCUUCACCAGUUUCUACGAGAUGAAGAGGCAGCCAGGAUAGCUGCACUGAGGGAGGAAGAGGAGCAGAAGAGUCAGAUGAUGAAGGAGAAGAUUGAGAAGAUGAGCAGAGAGAUCUCAUCUCUUUCAGACACAAUCAGAGCCAUAGAGGAGGAGAUGGAAGCUGAUGAUGUCACAUUCCUGCAGAAAUACAAGAACACAAUGGAAAGAGCCCAGUGCACACUGCAGGAUCCAGAGAGGCUUUCAGGAGCUCUGAUCAAUGUGGCAAAGCACCUGGGUAACCUGAAGUUCAGAGUCUGGGAGAAGAUGCAGGAGAUUGUUCAAUACACUCCUGUCAUUCUGGAUCCCAACACUGCACACCCACGACUCAACAUGUCUGAAGAUCUAACCAGUGUGAGAUGUGGUGAUGAGAGACAGCAACUUCCUAUUAACCCAGAGAGAUUUGAUGAGUACCUCAGUGUGCUGGGCUCUGAGGGCUUUAACUCAGGGACACACUGCUGGGAUGUGGAGGUUGGGGAGAGUAAUGAUUGGGGCCUGGGUGUGAUGACAGAGUCUCUCCAGAGGAAAGGAGACAUCACCCGUAUAAGUGGCCAGUGGGUAGUGUGGUGUGUUAAUGGUGAGUAUUCAGCAUGGUCUCCACCUCAUGAGUAUCAUGCCCUCACAGUGCAGCAGAGACCCCAGAGGAUCAGAGUGCAGCUGGACUGGGACAGAGGAAAGUUGACAUUCUCUGUCCCUGUACACUACACACACCUGCACACCUUCACACACACUCUCACUGAGAGAGUAUUUCCAUACUUUGCUUUAAAGUCAAACAACACUUACAGGAUCCUACCAGUGAAAUGUUGUGUAAGUCUGAAUCCUCACAGUUAAAGCUCAAUCAGCCUUCACGUUACCAUGGAUGCCUGAAACAGAGAACACUGAUUGGCUAGAUUGUAGAGCACAUCUAGUUAAGAGGGAAUGUCCUGUUUUCCGUAAGGUUUUUUGUGUUUUUUGUCUUGUGAAAGUGAAUGUUUUUUUUAGCCUGCCCUCUUCAUCAGAAUCAAGCUUGAAAACACGUCACUCGAAAACAUGUGAAAACACAUGUGGGGAUUAAAAGCAGGGCUGGUCUGGGACUGAAAAAUGCCCCAGGCACUUUUGGCAUAGGUCGGCCCCUAACACAGGCUCAGGCCACUUGAAUACUAUAUAUUGAAUGGCGUAAUCCACCAAUUAUGGCUCUAAAUUGUGGGCCAAUCCUCAGGAAAACAACAACAGCAAUAUUGGCCCCUGAGGACUGUCGGCCCACCGGGAAAAUGCCCUGUAUGCCAGAUUACCAAUCCAGGCCUGAUUAAAAGUAUAAAACAGGAUAUAGUGUGCAGACAUACUAGGCCUACUUGAGUUUAGAUUUGUAUGUUUGUUCACCACCUAAGUUUACUUUUCAACCUCUUCACUUUAUGUCUCAAAGACGUCUAGACGCGCUCUGCCUAAGAAUUCACUGAAGAGAAAUUCACAUCCUUCAUUUUUCAAAAGUCACAUGAAUCCCAUUGGCAUUCAACUGUUUUCUUUGGCCAUAAAUCUACAUUAAAAACCUGUCCAAUAUGUUUUUCUUUACACCUGCAGAUGGUCAUCCUAAACAUCCCACUAUCUGGCAACCAUGGUGUUGAAUUGACUUGUGCCCAAAUGCCUGUAUGCAAGUCAGCUUGUAAUGUCAUUAUUUUAUUGCAAAGCAAGUGUAAAUUUAAAUUGAUGUGUGAUGUGUGUGAAAAGAUUGGCAGAGUUUGCUUUUGUUGUUUGUUUGCUUUUUUGCACCAGAGCCUUUUUGUACAAGAAAAUCAGUUUAAUUUGGGAAAUCUGUGUCUCUACUUAAACCGAUGUGUUAUCUUAUCACAAUGCCUUGUAUGUGACAAUGUGGACUUUGUCAUUUGCAACAUGGAAGUCUUGAAGUGAUUAGCAUUAAAGUGAUCAAGAAAAACUUUCAGAGUCCUUGUCCUCAAUGUGGCCUAUGCUGAAUGCACUCAAAGAAAGCAGACUUCUGCCAAGGAAGCUGUUUGUUAGAACAUUUGAC